UACGGCACGUCGUUGGAUGCGGUGUGGGUGCAUGUGACGGAACUGACGCUGCUGCAGGCAAAGGAGCAACCCGGGGAUAGCAAAGUCCUGGCGCGCGCGGUGGCCGUGCUUACGCGCGUUCUGACCCUCACCCCCGCACCAGCCCAACUGGCGGGCUUGCUCCGGGCAGAAAGAGACGCGCCCGGCUCCUGUGAGGGUGUACGACAAGUGACAUCACAGCUGCAGUUGGACGAGCUGCUGGCGAAGCUGGAGUUGGAAGCGGCGAAUGAGGAAGCGGCGCUAUUAUGAGCCAGGACGGCCACCGCUGGCGGAAGCUGGUGUGCCGGGGCUGACGAUCUUUGGGGUGGUGGUAACACCGUCGCUGCUGCCGCCGCCUCAGACGCAAGAUGGCUAUGGCUAGCUGCCGUCGUUGCUGCCAUCGGUCACUGCCGAGUCCUUUUCAUCGCUUGCUUUUGUCGAUGGCGUGGGACAUGGUUCGGUCAGCCUUCUGCGGUACCCAGCAGUCUCUGCCCUUUCACUUAACAGUUUUCGUUAAUCUCCCCUCAAGGAUUUACCCGCGAGGAUUUGUCGCCGGUGUCCCCAGGAUGUUCCAGUGGCUGCGGCGACGGCGAGGGUGACGGUGGGGGCAGCGGCGGCUUUGAGGACGCGGACGCUGCUGAGGGCCUCUCGCAGCUGCAUAGCCCGUGGCAGUGUUGAAGGACGGGGCGAAGGGUUACAGGGAGUGGGAGGAAGCAACCGGGCCUUGGCUAGGCCGAACCGUUGUGGCAUGGGAAGUAGGGGCUGGGCUGCAGGGUUUGUGCGUGCGUAUAUGUAUGACGUAUGGUAUGUAUGUACGUGUGUAUGUAUGUACAUAUGUACGUAUGUAUGAGUUUGUGACAUCAGGAGCCCCACAUUGCGUAGCAGCGUGUGUAGAGGGCGGUUAGGAGGUGCCUGCCGCAUAUCGAACACCGUGAUAUCCGUGAUUGUGUCCCGUGCAGGGUCCUUAUUAUAGGGUCCUUAUUGCUGGACUACAUCGUCACUGCUGUCAUCAUCCUUACCGUUCACACCGAUCACAAAGGUACAUCACCAUCAUCGCCAUCACGCAAUCACGCCGUCAUCACCCUCGUCUCGUCUUGUCAUCAUCCGUUGUUACCUGGCAUCGUGACAAUGCAUAUCCUUUUCCUGCCCUAUGGGAGCCGUAUGUGGACGGUAUAGCUGGUCUUGAUGGUGGUUCUGCGGGAGAGGGGCCUGAUGUGAUGGCAUUAAUUACAAGUUGCAAGUUGCAAGUUACAAGUUCCGCACACAAGUGCGGGUGUGUCCAUAAAAGCCGGGGGGGCCAUGGACGUUGUAUUGGUAUUGAUGCGGGUACGCGGGAGGUCAUCUUCAUUCUCCCUCGUCCGCUUCAGGGCGAAGCGCCUCAGCACGACGUGCCUGGUCUCCCAAAUUUCCGAGAGGUACCUGGCCAAUGCCAGGGGUGGCGCCUCAGUCAUAAUGGUGCGCAUGCUGCGCCCCUUAAAGACUAGAUCACCAUCAUACUUAGCCCGUAUGCUCUUGUAAGCGGGACAUUCCUCGAAAACAUGCAACUCAUCUUCAACCGCUCCACAGUCACAAAGCCUGCAGGCAACUGUAUCGCUGACCCCACCCCCAGCUCGAUCGGCAAUGCCUACAUCAUCAGUCAGCCCCAGCGGCCACCAAGGCCCCCAGCGAGGCCGGCGCCGCCGCUAAAGCCGAAUCCACCAGUCACCCCAACACCUCCCAGUCCUCCACCACCCAACCCGCUGCCGCCAAGUCCAGAGCCUCCCAGUCCAGAGCCACCGAGCCCCGAGCCCCCAAGCCCCGAGCCCCCAAGCCCUGAGCCGCCAAGCCCCGAGCCGCCAAGCCCUGAACCGCCAAGUCCUAAACCGCCAAGCCCUGAACCGCCAAGCCCGGAGCCGCGCAUGCCCAGGAUACCGCGGCUUCCUCCCAGACCACCGCAGCCGCCCAGGCCGCCUCCGCCGCCAACAUUUCCGGACAUGCCGUAUCCACCUGGGUUUCCAGCUCCACCUACGCCAAAUGCCCCAGACUUCCCGAACUACCCGCAGUUUCCACCCUUCCUGCCCCUCCCUCCUUUCACUCCUUCACCACCGCGCCCUCCACGCCCACCUUCACCGCCGUCUCCACCACCUUCUAGGCCGCCGCAGCCACGCCCGCCACCGCGGCCGCCAUCGCCAUUUCCUCGACCCCCGUCACCGUUGCCUCCCUCACCCAACCCUCCAUCCCCAUUCAAGCCUCCGCCGAGCCCACCUCUCCCUCCACCACCCCAGCCGCCAAGCCCCCAACCUCCCUCGCCAAAUCCUCCACCAUCACGGCCACCCCCGCCCCAACCGCCGCCUCCAUCCCCACCGCCUCCUCCUCCCAGCCCGCCGCCUCCCUCGCCCCUGCCGCACACCAUCAACCUAUCCACCGCCAUCACAGAUUCCGCCGCCACCAUCAGCACCAUCGUAUUCUCAAGGGCCACGGCCGCCGCCGCCAUCGCCAUUUGCGCCGUCCGUCCCAGCAGCCCCAGCACCGGCCCUCCCAUCGCCCAGCCCAUUACAGCCCGCACCAGAACCUGCUGGCCAUCCUACGCCCCCUCCUGGCGUCAUACAGCCACCUCCAUUGUCGCCAAGCCCUGUAUUGGAGGACACGCCGCCGCCUGUGCCUGUGUCUCCCAGCUCACCCAAACAACCAUUCGUUCCGCCCUCACUGUCCCCAGUGGCGCUUCCACCUCCGCCAUCUCCUUUGCAAGCCCCAGCUCUACCGUCGCUACCUGUCUAUCCGCCGCAGUUCCUAAUGCCCCCAAUGCCAUCGUCGUCGCCACUAUCGCCUCUACCAUCACGUCCCCUUACAGCACCACCAUUUUCUCCACUGCCGCUGAUUCCUGGAACUCCGUUUCGUCCCACUCCACUCCCGCCACCGCCGCCACCAUCACCGUUUUAUGCUCAGCAGUACCCGCCGUCACCGUCAUACCCCACAAGAGCAUCCCCGCCACCGUUUCCUCUUCCUCCCUUCAUUCCUGGUGUCCCCUUGCGUCAGCCGCCCAACCCGGCACCCUUAACGCCGCAGCUGCCGACCCAGGCCCCACCGACGUCACCAAUAUCCGACCAGCCGCCACCACCACACCAGCCAUUGCAACCAUCCUAUCCCGUAACAGCACCGCCGCCGACACCGCCGCUGCCGCCAAAUGCUCCUGUACCCCCGCCGCCCAACUCAUCAGCCCCUGCUUCCCCCGCAAGUGUCCCAUCACUGUUGCCAUCUCCUCCAAGACCAGCCGCGCCGCUGCCCAGCCUGCCACCUCUAGGGCCACAAUUGCCAAGCUACCAACCGCCCAGCCCGCCCCUUCCCAUCCUAGCCUCUCCAACCACACCGUACCCUCGUCAACUCCGUCGGUCCCGGUUGCACCACUGCCACAACAUCCCAGCACCCCGUCACCGCCAGCCCCGCAACAGCCUGUACACCCCAUCCAGCCCACCGCCCAGCCCCCACCUCCCUACUUCACCGGCCCAUUAUCACCACCACCAGCCGCCCAUGCAGCUACCGUCGCCGCCAGCGCCACCCGGAUAUCCACCGCAGCCAUCCGUUCUUCCAGCAGCACCGCCGCGGCCACUGUCUCUACCGCCGUUGAUGCCAGGUGUUCCGCUGCGCCAGCCGCCCAGCCCGCUGUUCCCUGCCCCGCUACCAUCGUCACCAGCCUAUCUGCCUCAGCAACCGGCGCCACAGCAGCCGCCGCCGGCCUACCCUCCCAUCGGAGCUCCCUCGCCGUCGCCAGCACCCUCGCCUUUAGGAGCACCGACACCGCUAAGCCCGAGCCCUUCACCUCUUACACCCCAGCAACCCGAACAGCCAACUGCCCAGCCACCAACUCCCCCACAACAGCCAGGUCCAGAAGUUCCUCGUGCGCCGUCGCCGUCGCCGAACGCUUUGUACACACCACCAGCUCCCAAGACACCGACGCUGUUGCCGACGCCUCCAUUCACCUACCCAAGUGCACCUAUACCAUCGCCGCCUUCGCCCCUUGCUCCAUCCUCGCCAAGCCCCUCAGACCCAAAACGCCGGCCGCAUCAUAUCCUCCACCAUCGCCGACGUCGCCGCUGUGCCAGACCCCUCCGGUGCCACGCCCACCAGCUCCCCCGGCAGUGCUUCUGGCGCCGCGACCUAGGCCAUGGCCGCCUGUCCAACAAACACCAGGAUACCCAGCGUAUCCCACCCACAGCCCAUCGCCUCCACAGCUGCCCACACAGUUGUCUCCCACCGUCCCAUCCGUUCCUGGGGAUCCCAGCGCGCCGACGGCUCCCCCCCAGCCGUCAUCCUACCCACCUUCCCAGCCGCGCCCGAUGCCUCUUCACCCGCCAAAGGAACCCAGCCCGCCAUCACCGCCGCUGCCUCAACCAUCAGACGCUCCUCCCAACCUGCACCCAGCAGGCCCACCUCUCCCCGGCAACCCAGGCCCACUGCCACCAGCGUACGUCCCAGGAGCGCCCCCGCCCCCGCCGCCGCCCGAGCCGCCCGCCAACACCUGUCUGGAGCCCGCCAAGGCCGUCGUUACCGGCCAUCCCGCAGAUCCCAGGCGAGCCUAUGUUGCCUCCGCUGUCCUAUCCACCGCAACUCCCACCGCUGCCACCGCCGCCGUCGUCGCCACCAUCUUAUCGCCCAAUAGCGCCGUCGCCGCCGUCACCUCUGCCGCCUGUAGUGCCAGACGUUCCGCUACGCCAACCGCCCAGCCCACCGUUCCCGGCCACACAGCCACCCGGGUACCCGACAUUCCCAGCUGCACAGCCGCCACCGCCCCAGCGACCCGCCCCGUCGCCGCGAGUAGCCCCAACUUCGCCUUCCCCCAGCGUUCCCCAGCCUGUUUCACCGCCAUCGCCACCCUCUCCACUGCAGCCGUCUUCACCACCUAUAUACGUCCCGAUGGCCCCAAAGCCACCCCUCCACUUCCAGCCGGGCCCUCCUCAUCCUCUGCCGCCACCGCCUUUGCCAUUACAACCGCUACCGCAGCCCCUCAGCCCACAGCCACCUAUCAGCCCGCAGCCAAACAUGCAGCUCCCAUCGCCGCCGCCAUCACUACCCGGCUAUCCGCCACAGAGAUCGCAGCCGCCAAUAGCACCAUCACCUUCAUCACCUCUGUCGCCGCUGAUUCCAGGCGUUCCACUGCGCCGGCCGCCCAGCCCGCCACAGCCAAGCUACCCGGUCUCGCCUUCGCACCCUUCCUCGCCGCAGCCUCCAAACCCACACCAUCAACGCCGCCGCCGCCAGCCUACCCACCAUCGCCCAAGCAGCCUUCCUUCCCGUCACCACAACAGCCUGCUAAUCCAGCACCAUCAACGCCGCCGCCGCCAGCCUACCCACCGUCGCCCAAGCAGCCUUCCUUCCCGUCACCACAACAGCCUGCUAAUCCAGCACCACCAACGCCGUUGCCCCCAGCCUACCCACCGUCGCCCAAGCAGCCUUCCUUCCCGUUACCACAACAGCCUGCUAAUCCAGCACCAUCAACGCCGUUGCCCCCAGCCUACCCGCCAUCGCCCAAACAGCCUUCCUUCCCGUCACCGCAACCGCCAGCUAACCCAUCAACGCCGCUGCCGCCAGCAUACCCGCCAUCACCCAAGCAGCUUUUUUUCCCGUCACCACAACAGCCCGCUAAUCCAGUACCAUCAACGCCGCUGCCGCCAGCCUAUCCGCCAUCACCUAAACAGCCUUCCUUCCCGUCACCUCAACCGCCCACUAGUCCAUCAACGCCGCCGCCGCCAGCCCACUCGCCAUCGCCCAAGCAGCCUUCCUUCCCGUCACCACAGCAGCCCGCUAAUCCAGCACCAUCAACGCCGCCGCCGCCAGCAUACCCGCCAUCGCCCAAGCAGCCUUCCUUCCCAUCACCACAACAGCCCGCUAACCCAUCCACGCCGAUGCAGCCAGCCUACCCGCCAUCGCCCAAGCAGCCUUUUUUCCCGUCACCACAACAGCCCUCUAAUCUAGCACCAUCAACGCCGUUGCCGCCAGCCUACCCGCCAUCGCCCAAACAGCCUUCCUUCCCGUCACCUCAACCGCCCACUACCCAACGGACCCCGGCAGCCAAGGCUGCCGCCAAGGCCGCCAUUGCGACCCCGCCGUCCAUUGCCGCCACGGCCCCGCCGCCCUCAACACGCCCGGCGCCACCGCCGCCGCCAUCCCCGUCACCGCCUGCACCCCCCCGCCCCCCGCCGGCGCCACCACGACCACCCCCACGCCCUCCCCGGCCGCCGCCGCGACCUCCGGGCCAUCCGCCGCCGGCGCAGCCUUCACAACCAUCGCCAGCGCCACCGAGCCCCGAGCCGCGUAGCCCGCCAAACCCGCCCUCUCCGCCGCCACGGCCACCACAGCCGCCGUCUCCACCACCGCCGCCACCACCGUUUCCGCCGGGUAUUGCGAUUGUAGUGCAGGACUACGAGUUGGUGUUCUCGAUCGACGAGAGCGCUUUUGUGAACGCAACGGCGGCAGAGGAGUUCAUCCUGCAGAUCCGAAUGGACCUUGCAGCUUUCUUCGGGGUUCCCUUGGAACAGGUCAUCGUGACUGGCAUUACGCUGCCUGGAAGCCACAGCUCGCCGCUGUCGCCAGCGGUGCAACGCCGCCACCUCAGUGAGGGUGCGGCCGGUCAGGAAGCGGACAUUGGCCGCAGGUCGCCGCCGCUGCGGGUUUGGGAUGCUGCGGAGCUUUCGGAGCACUUCCAUGAUGAUGAGGCGUCACCAAUGGGUCGAUGCGGGCUGCGAUUGAAGAGCUUACUCCAGCUAGCCUCGCGUCAAGUGGAGUCUGUUCCGGAGGCCCAAGCCAGUGCCUCGGCGCUUGCCCGUGCCGCGAACGACAUGGAAGACCUUGCGAAUAGCCACGUUCGACGGCGUCAUUUAGCCGAUACACGCGAAAUACGAGUAACUGCCACGGUAGUUAUUACCGUUAGCACUCCGUUGGCACCGCCGUCGCCGCCACCGUUGCUGCCGCCCGCCCUGCCGCCGCCUCCCCCUCUGCCUCCUGGGGCUACGGCCCCGCCGUCCCCACCACCCUUGGCACCGUCGCCGCCACUGCGGCCGCCAUCACCGCCGCCGCCACUGCGGCCGCCGUCGCCGCCGCAAGUGCCACGUCCCCCGCCUCUCAACCUCACAGCCCUCGCAGAGGCAACAGGCGCCUCUAUGGUGACCCAAGUACCCAACAGUCCACCACCACCCUACCCGCCUGUCCCAGCACCACCAUGGCCGCCCACGCCGCCGGCGACCCGGCCGCCCAGCCCCAUGCCGACAUCCCCACCUCCUAAGCCACCCCUCAAUUGCGAAAUCGCCGACUCGGGCUAUGUGUUUUUCCCGCUAGCAUCCCUGGCGUUAGCAUGCAGCAGCACAGCCCAGGAGCAAGGCGACGAGGAGCACCCGAGCCCUCUGUGCACGAUCCUGGAGGACACGGGCGACAGCGACGCGGCGUUCUACGCAUGCAGCUGGGGUGGCGAUGGGUAUGAAGCGUCUCAGUGUGGCGCUUUCGACACACUGGGUAGAGUGUACUCGACACCGCAAUACAGCAGCGGCCCCCGAGUGUAUCCACAGCCGGUGUUUGACGAUGACGUCGUGUGGCUGUCGUCUGGAGCUUGUGCAGGUUUGUACAUGAAGGUUGGCUUCGUGGCUACAGCGUCGCAGCCGCCGAAGCGUCCUGUCCCGCCGUCACCUGCACCACCGUCGCCUUCACCACCGCCGCCUCCGCCGCCACCGCCGUCCUCACGCCGUCCUCCGCAGCAGCCCGAUGCGCCGCCGCCGCCGCCACUGCUGUCCCCAUCCCAACCCAACUCGCCGCUGUCGCCAUCACCGCUGCCUCCUCGCCAACAAAGCCCCAAACCUCCGUCGCCGCCCUCCCCUUCACCUCCACCAACAGCGCCGCCAACGCCGGUGCCCCGGCCGCCAACCCCUCUUCCCCCGUCCAGCCCCAAACCGCCGCCACUGCCAACGCCGGACGGUCCAACUGCGACACCACCGCCUCCAACGCCUACGCCCUUCCAAGGGUCGCCGCCGCCAUCCCCACAAGCACCGAAAUCCAGUCCAGGGCCGCCUUCUGGGCCUGAAGCCCGCCCUUAUCUGCCGCCGCGACCGCCGCCACCACCAUUUUCAUCACCACCUUCACCACCACCGCCACCACCAUCGCAACCAUCGCCGCUGCCAUCGCCGCCACCAACACUCAGUCCACCACACUCCCCUGCACCGCCUCCAGAGCCCAUCUCCGCACCGGCACGGUCGCCAUCAGCCUUGCCCUCCCCAUCACUACUCCCCGCGGCUCCUCCCUCUCCAUCGCCAAACCCCCGUUCGCCACCGCUAGAGACCCCUCCAUCCGCCACGCCACCCGUUCCAGCGCCCCCAACGUAUGCGCCAUACACAUCACCGCAGCAUCCGUACGCGGUACCGCCGCCUCCAUACGGUGCUCCACGAGCCCCGCCGUACGAGCCGCCGCCGCAACUGUCGCCACCAUCACCACCACCUCCAAAGCCAUUGGAGCCCCCAAAACCAUUGCCGUCGUCGCCGCCACCGCCGCCGCCGCCGCCGCGGAGGUGGUCACCAAGGCCUCCUCCAGUGGCGCCGUCACCUGCGCUUCCAUCACCGACCGCCCCUACCCAAGUGUUGCCCACCCACUCCCUUCAGCCGCCGUCGCCGCCGUUAUCACCGCCGGAGGCGAGCCCAUCACCGCCGCCGCCGCCGCCGCCAAAGCUUCCGCCGUCAGCACCUCUCUUCCCCCCCGUCCCUGAGCCACCGUCAGACCCUUCACAGCCGCAAUCGCCGCCAGGGCCACCACCGCCCCAUUCGCCCUCGCCUAAGCCGCCUCUGCCAUUUCCGCCCAAGCCCCGCAGGCCUAUGUCCCCAAAACCCCCUCCUCCGCCGCCUCCAAUGCCACCGCCGCCGCCGCCUUCCCCUGAGCCGCCAUCGCCGACACUGCCAGCUUCUCCUCAACCUCCGCCGCCGCCCCCGCCAGCUCCUCCUCGCCCGCCACCAAGGCCGCGAAGACCACCGCCUAACCCUCGGCCUCCACCCCCUACGCCGCCGUCGCCCUUGCCGCCGCCGUCGCCGCCGGACUUCCCGCCGCCGGAGUAUCCCGAGCCCGCUCCGCCGUCAGAUCCUAUGGCUCCGCCGCAGCCGUUAACUCCUGUGAAACCCCCGUCGCCUCCGGGCGCGCCGCCCUCACCCUCGCCCCCACCCUUACCUCCCGCGCCGCCACCGUCGCCAUCGCCGCCACGGGUGCCUCCAGCGCCCUUGCCGCCAAGCCCGCAACCCCCUAGCCCGCAGCCGCCCUCUCCUCCUGCACCGCCAGCACCGUCGCCAGCACCGUCGCCAGCACCGCUCCCGCCGUCGCCGUCGCCGCCACCGCCACCAAUCUUUACCCCUGUCGUUCUCACGGGCAGGCUGAUUGACGGUUACAUGGACAACUGUGUCGUUUAUGCCGACACUGACGCUAACGCCGCGUUGCUGAACGUCACCUCCGCCGUCUCUGGCAGCGCCCAAACCAGUGGCGUCGGCGCUGAGCCGUACAACACCUCGACCUUUGUCAGCGGUUGGACCCUCACUCUACCCACUGCUGCCAGUGCUGCGGCGCCUCUGCGCGUCGUCCCAGCUAACCCGUCAUCGUACGAAUCUAACCGCUAUGCCGUUGGGCCGUACGACGAGUGCCACGACGCGGCGUCAAUGCUGAAGCUGUAUGUGGAACUGGCGGCGCCGUCGCUGUCUCGAGUGAUAACGCCAUUGACGACGCUGGUGGUGGCUAUGCAGGAACGGGGCUACGCUCAGGCAGAAGCCAAGGCCAAGCUUGCCUUCGGCAUCAACGCCACCGCCUACACCCUGGGCAUGACCGACCCCAUCAAGGCGUACUACGUCGACCAGGACAAGGGGGCUGAGUUGCUUAUGAGGGCGGAGCAGCAGGUCAUGGCCGCUGUCCUGCAGACCACCACCUUCCUGAUCUCCCGUCCCGAUGAUCUGCCCGCCAUGGGCCGUGUCGUGUGGGGCGCGCUGGCCAAGUUCGUGGAGGACUUGUUCAGCAGCGGAGGGGUGCGAGUGGGUGUGACGGGUUCGAACAGCAAUAGCACCAACGGCAACAGUACCAGCGGCAGUAGCAAUGGUUCCAGCAGCAGCAAUAGCACCCUUGCGUCGGAGUCUGCGGUUCGGCACCGCCGGCGGGCGCUCCUUCACAAGCUACUGACGUCGGCCGAUAGCGGUAGCCGUCGGAAGUUACUACAGAGCGUCAGUGGCGGCGGCGGCUCCGCCACCGUUAUCGAGUUCGGCCCUAAGCCGCUGAUUAACCUCACUAGCCCCGUGGAUCUUGACAUGCUGAUUAACAACACCUUGUCGCUGCUAGGAGUGAAUGACAGCACAGGCAUCAGCACCAACAGCAGCAGCAGCAGCACUAGCGGCGGCAGCCGUGUGCUGACAUCGCUUCCGAACGCGAACCUGUACGGCGUGGACAACCCUAACCGCCGCGAGGCGGCGCUGCGAGGCAUGGCCAACAUGCAGGGCAUUAUCCAGAACGCAGUCAGCACCGGCAACAUAACGCAGGUCGCCGCCACCUCCGUCGUGGCGCAGGAUCAGGUCACGGUGGCGCUCCGCCAGCUAGCCCAAGCCGCCGCCAGCGUCCCCGCCUUUGUGGUCGCGACCUCCGUUGAUAACCUGGCACGCGCCGUCGCCACCACAACCGUCCCGGGCCCCAGCAUUCCACAGAACCUGGUGCCGGUCAACCCGGAUUCCGACGGCGGUGAAGGUGUUGCCGCCCGCGGCGCCAGCAGCAAAUCCUGGGUCUCGUCCAACGUCGCCUUGUUGGUCGUACUGGUCGCUGCCAUCCCGGUGGCGAUGCUGACGGCCUGUGGCGCGUUUUACGUCUACAGUCGACGGCGACGCCAGGCAUAUCGAUAUGAGAUGCAGCUUCCGGAGGAGGCGAUGGGCGGCGGUGGCGACGCCGCCGCUUUCGCCCUCAUCGCCGCUGGUCUUGACGCCGAGGGCGGUGUUGCGCGGUCCCUGGCGCGUGGCAGUGAUGAUGCGUCUAGCCGCCGCCUCAGCGGCAUCAGUAGCCUGCCGGAGAGCCGAGAAGUGCCGCUGCUGCCGUACCCGCCGACCGCCCUGGUCGCCGCCGCAGCCAGUAAUCGACGGCGCAUUCGUACGGCGUACAAUGCGCUGUACGAGGGUGACACGGAUGCCACAGCUCGCCCUGCUGUCGGCGGCGGUAGUGCGAUUGCUGCCCUGGCGCGCAUCCAACGGUACGAGGGAGCUGCUGCUGGUGCAGCGCAUCAUGAUGGUGGCGGUGCGUCGCUGUCAUCGCUGUCGCCCCUUGACGGUAUCGCCGGCUUGGCAUCGUCGCAGGGUGGUGGUACUCGAGGCGGUGACGUUGCCGACGAGGUCAUCACCCACUACGCCAACGUGCUAUACGAUAUGGCAUCACCCAUCGCAGACCACCGGCAACAGCCCAGUCCCCACCCCGCCGGCGGCGACGGUGACGGCGUCAGCGGCCGAGACAGCGAUGGCCAGGGGGUCGGCGGCAGCAGAGGUGACGAUGGCGAGAGCGGCGAUGCGUCGCUGCCGCCGCCGCCAAUGCUGCACAGGAAGCGUCGCGCUGUCAGCAGCUUGACAAACGAACUGUCUGCCGCUGCACCUGGCUCGGCGGCGGCAGCGGCCGUCGCCCGAAUGGGGGGGACCGGCAGGGUUAUCCGGCGCAUUCCCGGGCCACCGGCCCACGUGACGCCCCGGCCCCGGCACCGGUCCCAGUCCAGCAUCAUUGCGGAGUUUGGCUGGCCGACGGAAUCGGCACGGGAGCGCGGCGGCGGCGGCGACGGUGGGAGCAGCACCCGCCAGGCCGCCGCCUUGGGCCCUGUGUCCGCCGGUCGCCCUCGGCUGGAUCCUGAGGUAGCUGACAUGGCGUGGCAGGUGGAGAGCAGCGCCGCAUCCUGCGAGUCCAAUGAUGAGGGCAAUGGCAAAGAGGCGACCGGUAACCGCCCAAGCGUCAGCGGCCAGCCGCCGCUGCCCACGCCUAAGUCUCCCGGCGAUUUCUACACGCCCCGUCUCAGCUUUACUAGCGUGCCAAACCGAAGCAGACGUACGACAGCGUACGACACUGCCCGCUCGUACAAUGCUGCAGCCGGUGUGGGUGGUGGUGGUGGUGGUCCGGUUGUUGGUGGUGGUGGCGGCGGCGGCAGGGCUGCGGCUACCGUUGCCACUGGGGGCAAUGGAAGCGCCCGGUCGAGCCGAACUGCCAGUGCCGCGCCGUCAGCAGCCGAAUCGGCGCGUGCAGGACGAGCCGCAGCCGCCGCUCCUCCGGCGCCGCCACAACCACCAGUUGCCGCGGAACCUGGCGCAACCCUUCCGCCCUUACCUCCGGCCGCGAUGGGCUUAGGGGGCGGCGGCUACCUCAGCCUGGCUACAGCUUCAGGUCGCCUGCCCACCAUGUCGCCGGAAGCGUCCUAUUCGAGGCUGCCACAACCGCCACCGCCACCGCCGCCAGGGCAGCAACAGCAGCAGGCGCAGGACACGACGGCUGCAGCAAGUGGAGGGAAGGAGGGCGAGGGAGGUUUGCGGACAGAUCACUCGGGAUCUGAGUCCGAUGCGGUCCAGAGACCCGGCCAGCACUUAAACCCGCUAUUUGAGCCCGCCACGUCCUACCUCAAUCCCAUGCUCAAUGGAAGUCAUACCGCAAGGGGUCGGGGCCGAGGCGCUAGCUGGGCUCGGCCUGCGAGCCGACGGCGCUAG